AUGGGACGGCCGAGCGAUGACGGAACUGCCGGUCCCGGCUGGGACCCCGGUGUGGCGAGCAGUGACAGCGGCGCCCAGCUGACCGGCGGCGACCAGAAGGCCUACAGCACGUUUCCGGAGGCGGGGUGCGGCGGCCGGCGGCCGGCCUACUCGCUGCGCCAGAAGCUGAUGCUGCUGGUGUUCUCGAUGGGCAGCCUGCUGGCGGGCUCCUGUCUGGCCAUGAUGAUCCCGUUCUUCCCGCUGGAGGCGCAGCGGCGCGGUCUCUCGCAGACACUGACCAGCGGCGUGUUUAGCGUGUUCUCGCUCACCCAGCUGCUAACCUACCCGCUGAUGGGUCGCCUGGUGACCGUCUUCGGCAUCAACCGGCUCUACUGCGCCGGCAUGACCGUCACCGCCCUCUCCAACAUCGCCUUCGGCACGCUGUUCCGCAUCGAGAGCGCCCAGUCGUUCAUCGUGAUGUGUUACGUGGUGCGCGUGUUCGAGGCGAUGGGCACGGCGGCGGUGAUCACGACGGCGCUGACGAUGGCGGCCAACCAGUUCUCCCACAACACGUCCACGGCGGUGGCCGUGAUGGAGACGAUGAACGCCAUCGGCCUGUCGCUGGGCGCCGCCAUCGGCGCCGGCCUGUACCACCUGGGCGGGUUCGCGCUGCCGUUCUACUCGCAGGGCUGCUUCAUCCUGUGUCUGGUGGUGCUGAGCGCGCUCUACCUGCCUGAGGUGGAGGCGCCGGCCGAGCAGCAGCGCUCCGACUUCUUCUCCAUGCUGCGCGUGUUCGUGUCGGCCGGAGAGAACUGGCUCUGCUGUGCCAUCGUGUGCACUACGGCGGCCAUCUGGACCACCAUCGACUCCAGCAUCGCGCGCUACGCCAGCGACACGCUGGGCACGACCCCCUCUCAGAUCGGCCUGUUCUUCCUGGUGGCCACGGGCGGGUACGCCGUCUCCAGUCUGCUCUGGGGCCGGCUGGCCGACCGGCUGGUCAACAUCUACCUGCUCAUCUCGGGCUGCCUGCUGGCCACGGCCUUCGGUCUGGCGCUGAUCCCGCCGCUGCCGGGGCUCGGCCUGCGCCCCUCCUGGUGGCUGCUCGGCCUCGGCCUCACCGUGAAGGAGGUGUUCCAGGGCGGCGCCUACGUGCCCGUGCUGAACCGCAUGAUCACUGUGACGGUGCGCCAGGGUCUGCCGGCUGACGUGGCCACGCAGGCGUUCACGGCCAGCGUGUUUGGCACGGUGGCCGCGGUGGGAAACGUGCUGGGACCGGUGACGGGCGGCGCCGUCAUCGACGCCACCAACUUCACCUUCAUGGUGCGCUGCCUGGCGACGCUGACGGCGGCGGUGGGCGGCGCGGCCAGCGUGCAGGCCCUGCGGAUCGCCUGGUGGCGGCGGCGCAGUGUCGGACGGGAGGACCCGCCUGCUGAGCUGAGCUGA